AGGCAUGAGAAGAAUGAAGAAUGUGGAGUUUGGAAUUAAAAGUCGACGCCUGCUCUGACCAUGAAAAGCUUUGAAUCUCGUUUUUAAACAAAACAAAGAGCUGAAGGAGGAAACAGGAAAAGAACCGAGGAACCGAGGAACCGAGGAACCGAGGACCAUCAGAACUCCAGCACUGAAUAAACUCAUCCUCUCAUCUGCUGUUAUCUGAAGCAGCCCAGCGGUGAUAUCUAACUCUGAAACUAUCAAACUUUUGCGAUUCUUUUUUUCUGAAUGAUUCCUGGCAGCAGUCUGUGAUUUUCUUCCCGCAUUCCAGUCUGCGCUCCUCCUCCUCCUCCUCCUCCUCCUCCUCCUCCUCCUCCUCCUUUACGUAGCAGCAUGGCCGUGUCGCGAGGCUGUUUGUGCUGUGUCAAAUAUCUCAUGUUCAUCUUCAACCUCAUCUUCUGGUUGGGUGGGUGUGGCCUAUUUGGCGUAGGGGUGUGGCUUUCCUUCCGCCAGGCUGAGAUCUCAUACCUCCCACUCUCCUUCCCGUCGCUCUCGGUCGCCAAUCUGCUACUGGUCGCUGGGGGUGUUACCAUGGUGACGGGGUUCCUGGGCUGUCUGGGGGCUCUGAAGGAGCAGCGGUGUCUGCUAAUGACGUUUUUCGUGAUCCUCCUGCUUUUGUUCCUGAUUGAAGCAGCACUCGUCCUCCUUCUAGGGCUCUUCCACAAAGAGCUGGACCAAAAAGCGAAGAAGAACCUGAUUGAUGGAAUGAAGAAAUAUGACAGGGACCCUAAUCUGAAGAAGUCCUGGGACAGCAUGCAGAGAAUCUUUAAAUGCUGCGGCGUGAGCAACCACAGUGACUGGUACAACCAGACGACAGAAGGACUGCACCCUGCCUCCUGCUGCAGAGACCACUCGCCCCCCUGUCACCGCUGGGAAGAGCCGUGUUAUGAAAAGGCCAAGGCUUGGGUUCUAGACAACAUCACCUGGGUUCUGGGCUUCGGCGUGUGUCUUGGCAUCGUGCAGAUCCUGGCUCUGGCCUUCUCCAUGCUGAUGUACUGCCAAAUCCUGAGAGUGGAAAAGUACAUGGACUGAUCCUGAGCUUUAAUAAGAGCUAAGAGAAUUCCAGUGUACCAGGACGCCAAAUUCAACAAAACCCUGAUUUACUGGUUUUAGUUUAAUUUACUUCCAUGUUUUUCAGCUGAACUUUUCUACCCUGUUUCUGUAGUUUAUUAAAGUCCACUUCCAUGCAGAUGAAGUGGUUUACUCCAAUACUGCACACUUUAGUUAUUAAUAAACUGUGUGUACUGAUCACAUGUAUUACUUUAAAUAUGUUGAGAGUGAUGAUGAAGUUGAGCUUAAUGAGCGUUCUGUAUGACGUGUUACUGUCUAAUAAAGUCUUGUCAAAUAUUAA